AAAAUAUAACCACACAUUAUCCUCAGCCAAAGCAAUGGACACCACCUCCCUCUCUUCAAACUCACCUUCCCUCAUCUUUCUCUCUAGACGUUCACUCCCAUCAACCAGGCACAACCAGAUCCUCCUGCAUCAACGCCAUGGUUCUCUCAGUUUCAACCCCAUCACAUGCACUAGCAGCAGCGGCAGCAAUACAACUGAUGAUGAUGCAGAUUCAGUUCAAGCACCCACCAAAACACCACCUGUGGAACUAAAGCUCCGGAGAAGUAGAUCAAGAAGGCAAGCCAAACUACAAAGAGAGAAGAAUGGAGCAGUCUCAAACAGCAUGCAAACCUUAAAUGCAAAGGCUUCAGAGAAACCUCCUAAGAAAUGGGAGGACAUGAGUUUGACUGAGAAGGCAAUAGAGCUGUAUGUGGGAGAGAAGGGUGCUCUGUUUUGGCUCAACAAAUUUGCUUAUGCUUCAAUCUUCAUCAUGAUUGGGGCUUGGAUAGUGUUCAGGUUUGUGGGUCCUGCGCUCAACCUUUACCAGCUGGAUGCUCCUCCACUGGCUCCUACUGAUACAUUCAAGGGACCUUCCUGAUGUAAAGAUGAUCUAGGAUUAUGCUACUCUGCUUCCUCAACAGAGAAUUUGGUUUGCCUUUUACCAUGUUUCUUACAAAGAUUGUGUACUUUGGACAAUGUAUGUGCAACUAUCAAGGAGCACAAAAAGCGAUAGUUUUUUUGUUAGAAGAGAGUUGCAAUGAUAACAGAUAUUUCUUUUA